AUGUCAGCUCCUGCCACUCCGGCCGCCCAGAGGAGGAGGCUUAGCUUCUUGUUUGACAUUGGGCGGCCGGUUUUGUCCCCUGUGAUAGAGCCGGAUCGGCCUGAGGACAUCUCGACUAGCUCAGGGUUGGAGCUGGGGGGAGGCCAAGGGGUAGAGGAAGCGCCAGGCGAAGGGAAAGGGGCAGACAGAGGGGAAGUGGCAGGGGGGGCGGAAACUACAGGGGGAAGGGAAGGGGGGGCAGGGGGAGGGGAAGAGGCAGGGGAAGGGGAAGUGGCAGAGGGGAGGGAAGGGGCAGGGGGAGGGGAAGGGGCUGAGGGAGGGGAAGGGGGGGAGCGAGGGGGAGAAGGAGGGCUUGGCACUUCUUCUGGUGCUGUCGCUGAAGCUAUGACAGAAUCUAGAAUUGAAGGGCUUAGCGUUGCUUCCAGUGAUGUUGCCGAAGGUAAAACUGAAUAUAGAGCGGAAGGGCUUAGUGCUUCUUCUGGUGCUGGUGCUGAAUUUAAGACUGAGUAUAGAAGUGAAGGGCUUACCGUUGCCACUGGUGCUGUUGCCGAAAGUGCAAGCAGGCAACACCAUGUGCGGGUGGAUGCAAUGAAAGAGGCGAACCAAGAGGGCCUGGUGGAAGAUCCAGACGUGGAAGCAGGUGACACCAUGUGUGGCAUUGCUGAUCGCUACUGCGUGCGUGUCGAUGCAAUGAAAGAGGCAAACCAAGAGGAGCUCGUGGAAGACCCUCACCUCAUCCCUGCCCCUCCCUGCCCCUCCCUGCCCUCCCUGCCCUCCCUGCCCCUCCCUGCCCCUCCCUGCCCUCCCUGCCCUCCCUGCCCCUCCCUGCCCUCCCUGCCCUCCCUGUCCCCUCCCUGCCCUCCCUGCCCUCCCUGUCCCCUCCCUGCCCUCCGUGCCCCCUCUCUUCCCUCCCUGCCCCCUCCCUGCCCUCCUCUCCUCUCCCCCACAACAAUCACUACCCCAACCAGGUGGAAGCAGGCGACACCAUGUGUGCCAUAG